AUGCCUUGUUCAGCGGAAAGCCAGCGCUCUUGCUGCCCUCGGAACGUGCAAGAAGCAUGCGUCCGUGCGCUGGAACUCCUGGCAACUGACAUCCCGGCUCUGGAGGAGCCCAUCCGCCGAUGCAGAGAGCAAGGUGGUGAAGCUUCCCGUCGCUUGUUGGGCGAUUUCUUGAUCCAAUUCUCUGGCUCACUGUCCGAAGGACAGUUGCAGGCUAUUGACGAGGUGUAUGCUGCAGAGGCCUUGAGCAGACCGCCCCCGUUGAGUCUGGAUGCCUUGGAAGGGCUCUGGCUUGCAGCUGCACCAUGCAAGAUCUUGGUUUGGCGUGGAGACAUUACCCAGCUGGCAGCUGACGUAGUGGUGAAUGCUGCCAAUGAGGAGGGCCUGGGCUGCUUUCAGCCGACCCACCGCUGCAUUGACAAUGUGCUGCACCGUGGGGCUGGUCCUAGACUUCGAAGAGAGUGCCGGAAUUGCAUGGAGCGGCGACCAGGGAAGCUGAUGCCCGGCACGAUGCCGCUUCUCACGAAGGCUUACCACCUCCCUGCAAAGGCUAUGCUGCAUGUCACCGGUCCCCAGAUUUCUCCGGGUUCUCGUCCUUCCAGCCUAUCGCACGAACAACUUCGGCUGGCCUAUGCAAACUGCCUGGAUGCAGCUCGUGAUGCUGGCCUACGUAGUGUUGCAUUUUGCUGUAUUUCCACGGGCCUCUUCGGAUAUCCUGCCCGAGAAGCUGCGGAAUGUGCUCUUACAGCUGUACACAGGUGGCUGCAGGUCCCAGAGAACCUGGCCUCAAUGUCCACCAUUGUCUUUGAUGUCUUCACUGAGCACGACGAGCAGAUCUAUCAUGAUCUUGGUCCACAAAUUUUUCAUUCUUCCAGCCGGCCAAUUUGA